AUGCCUUGGGUGCCGGCCACCAAUGGAAAGGGGGCCGCCCCUCUUCACCUGACUGCUUUCAGUCGCAUCGCCCACCCAAUACAUCCGAAAGCCGAGGCUUGUUAUCUAAGUGACUCUCAGCAACGCUCCAAGGACAGCCUCACCAAUCAACCCGUGAAUGGCUCGGAUGCCAGGGCCGUACACUCAAGUGGUGGCGCUGCCGGUGGUGUGGUCAGUGAGGGCCAGGGCUAUGGGGUGCUUCUCACCGGAGCGUUCUUGGCCAUGCUCACACCCGAAGACGAGGACUGGGAGCAGAUGAAGGUGUAUUUCUAUCAGAUGUUUCUGGGCUGGCGACGGAUGUGUGAGUAUUCGAAGGAAGACUCCUGCCAGGAAGACGCGGGCUUCCUUUGCGAUGGAAAUCCCUGCUUACCUCAUUGGAAGUUCGACGACAAUCUGACCACGGUGCUCGGGAAGGGCUCUGCGCCGGACGGCGACGAAGACGCCAUGACUGGGAUGCUCUUGGCGGUCCUGUCACUCACACGGCAGCAGCAGCACGACGUCGAAUGGCUCGCCGAGGUGGGGACUUGGACCUACAACACCUGCAAGCAAUUCUUCCUGAGCGAGACAAUCGCCUCGUCUUCGGGGAAGAACCGCAUUGUGAAGCUGGGCGCUUGCUGGGGAGGUUGGGGAGACGAUGGACAGAACCCCAGCUAUCACUCCCCAGGUGCUUAUCGCCUCUGCCGUGACUUCAUGACACAGGGCAUCGGAAGUAGCGAUGCAGAAGGAGCUUCCUACGUCUCCAAGUGGAACAAGGUGAUCUCCACGAGCUACAAGAUGUUCGACGCCGUGCAGUGUCACAGCAACGGCCUCAUCACCAACUGGGCGCGCGUGUGGGAGAGCGCCGACGGCGUCGGGCCCUUUCGCGCCGACGCCAACUUCACCGGCAGCGGCACGCCGGGCGCGCAGUAUGGCUCGGAGGCGAGCCGAACGACUUGGCGUGUGGCGCUGGACUACCUGCUGUAUCCCAAGGAGGCCAUGCACAAUGCUACCCAGUACUUGGAUCCACUGGUCGUCAUGUUGGAGAGCAAGGAAUCCCAUUGCGACUGGGCCAGCGAGCUCCGGAUCGACGACGCCUGCCUCGUGACCAGCGUGCACCCGGAUUGGUCCUGGAACAUGUUCAUUGCGGGGCCCACCUUCUCCUCCUUGGUCGUUCCGGCGCAGAAUGAUGGGGUGAGCAUCAAGCGGCAGCAGGAGCUGAUCAAUGCGGGUGGCGCACGGGUGGCCAAAGGUGGCUUCUCUUCGGGCUACUACUCCGGUAGCUGGGUGGCGAUCAGCACCUUUACCUUGAACGGCGACUUCCUCAGGUCUGCCUCAAUGGCUGGUCUGUAUGGCGAUCCGCCUGCACCAUCGCCGCCACCAACACCAGCGCCCACACCGACGCCAAGUCGGUGUUCCACGCCCACCGAAGACUGCAGAUCCACGCGUUGCUGCCAGGAUCCGGGCUACACGUGCUACGAGAAGGAUCAGUAUUGGGCCGGCUGCAGGGAGAGCUGCACUCCCGGCAUCCAUCCGAACGAGCCGCCAGAACACCAGACGCCCUGGAGCUGUGAGGUUCUGCGCUGCAGCAGCUCCACAGAAGACUGCCGCUCUACAGGUUGCUGUGAAGAUGCAGCCUAUACCUGUUACGAGAAGGACUCCACAUGGGCUGGUUGCCGCUCGAGCUGUGCGCCUGGAGAGGUGAACCCUUUGGAUCCGCCAGCUCGAUGCUUGGCUUCGGUUUGGCAUCCCUCGGCCCCCUGCCCGGAGGAUUCCGGGAGGGCUGAAAUGGGCUCUUCGUCCUCGGCAGCUCUGGCAGGUGCUCUGCUGGGGGGACUGGCCAGUGGGUGGCGCCGCUCUACGGCUUCCAGGGGCCCACGUGGCGCUGCCGCGCGUGGCCUCCGUCAGGUGGAUGAGGAGCAACUGGCGCUGCAGCAAGAAUUGGAUGCUUGGGGUGAUGAGGAUGAAGAGCCAGGUCGGAUCGAGUCUGAGAAGGCGGUGCCGAGAAAGACCGCCCUGCGCGACGAAUCUGACUGGCGCUAUUGGGCACAAAAGGUUGACAAACAGACCGUUUGGGCCGUGCUGACCUCGAAGCACACGCGCGAUGACCUCCAAGAUAUGCUGAUGGCCCUCAGGCGUGGGGACGUGCUCACCAGCAAGCAGGAGUACGAGCGAGCGCUUAGUUUGCUUGCGCAGAAGCGACUACAAGAGGCGAACAUCCUGCUGCAGUGCAUGUGGUUCAACGGUUUCAAACCGGACCACCGACAUUAUCUUCAGGUCAUGAAAGGCCUGCGGAGGCGGACGGCGGUGUACACGGCGGUCACGCGACCGCGGGCACAGCGCUGGAAGAAGAUCGUGCAGUUGAUUGAGGAGAUGCUGGAGCACGAGAUCACGCCCUGUAUGAAAUGCUACGAGCUGGCCAUCGAUGCCUACGGGAGGAAGUGCGAGCCGGAGGGAGUCUUGCAGCUGUUUAAGGCGUGCAAAGAGCACCACGGCCAUGCCCUGGAAGGGGCCUACCAUCGGGUCAUGGCGUUCCUCGCCAAGGACGGGUCCUAUGUGAAAGUGCUCCAGCUCUUCGAAGAGAUGGUGGAACAAGACAUCUCGCCGACCCUGGAGACCUUCAACCACCUGGUGAUGGCCUAUGGCAUGGCUGGCGAGUUGGAGCAGGUUCUGGAUACCAUGGAUCACAUGGAGGACCUGGGCGUGGCACCCAACACAGCCACCUUCAUCUACGGCAUGCGCGCCGCCGAGCGCUCUGGUGACAUCGAUGGAGGUUUGCUGCUGUUUCAGAAGAUGAAGCAGCGUGGAUUGAAGACCAAUGAGAGGGUCGACGAGGCUUUGAUGCGGAUUUGCUUGGCGGGCAAUGACCCUGACCGUGCCUUGCAGUUCUUCGACGCAGCGCUCCAGCGCCGGCAGAACUGGGGUCGCGCUUCGGAGCAGCCAGUGCAGCGGGAACUGAAGAUCUACCAGGAAGCCUUGCACGCCUGCGAGGUCGCCGCGCUCGGGCCACCCAGCUCGCGCUCGGGCUGUCGGUCCCCCGCAGAUCCGUCUUGA